AUGAUAAAAGGGUUAUUUGCGCAUGCUCAAGCUCAAAAUCAAGMUUUGAUAACCCAAMAAAACUCUCAAAAUCAAUCUCUUUUUAAUCAACAAAGUGUUGCUAUCAGAAAUCUGGAAACCCAAGUCAGUCAACUUGCACUCAAUCAAACUAAUAGAGUCCUUGGUACUUUGCCUAGUAACACAGAAGUCCCGAGAGCCUUAGGAAAGGAACAUGUGAAAGCAGUGACCCUUAGGAGUGGGAAGGAGUUGACUGAAAAGGUGCAAAAUGCUAGUGCACCAAGUUUGUCAAAAGCUGAUGCUACAACAUUGGUACCUGCCAAAGAAAGACCGGUCCAACCUUUAGAGAAGCAAGCAUCUGAUACCACCACUUCUGUUCCCCCAAGAUCAGACUAUCUUUUACUGUUUCCAGAAGAUGUUUUAAAAAAAUCAGAAGGGACUGAGGUUUUAGAGACCCCUAAGCUUGAUGCUAAGACUCCAUCUAAACCUCCAAAGUGCACAACAAAGACUCAAGGUGGGAAAGAGAUUGGGAAAGCUUUGUGUGACUUAAGUGCUAGUAUCAACCUCAUGCCUUUAUCUGUUUUCAACACCUUAGGCAUAGGGGAGGCUAGACCUACCACGGUUACACUCCAAUUGGCAAACAAAUCCAUAGCAUACCCUAAGGGAAAGAUUGAGGAUGUCUUAGUACAAGUUGACAAGUUCAUAUUUCUGACAGAUUUUAUCAUCCUAGACUUUGAGGCAGAUAAGGACAUUCCUAUUAUUUUAGGGAGACCAUUUCUAGCCACCGGAAGAACUUUGAUAGAUGUACAGAAAGGAGAGUGA